GAACAUCUGAACAACUAAACAACUUUUUUAGUUUGUUGUUAAAACAGUUUGAUUCGAGAGGUGAAACAUGAAUGACGUACGGUUUUGAAAGCGUCUAACAAUAAAAAUAAAAAAAGAAAAACUAAAACAGUUUGAAAUUUCCUUUAAAAAAAAGUAACCAUUUUUAUUUCGGUUUUUUGUGUUGCAUCAUUAAAAAGCAACUGUGUAUUUCAAAAUUAAUUUCUUUCUUUUGUUAUUUCCAUUCAAAAAAUCCAAUAAAACUUAAAAAUUUUCAGUGUCAUUAAGAAAAUUAUUAUUUUUUCCCUAUAAAAAUUUAACUAUUUUGUAAUAAAAAAAAAUGCUAAAACUUUUUAAAAAUAUAAAACAGAUAUUAAUAAUUUAAUUAGCGGCUGAUCGUAAAAACAACACAAAAAAGAAAAUUUUAACUUUUACUUGAAAUUGUUAUUAAAAGCAAAAAAAAAAUUGCAAAAAGUUUCUCUCAACAGCAAUUUUGAAAAAUACUGAAAAAGAAAAUUGUAACACCUCUCAGUUUGUCUGUCAAUACCAAUUUCUUGCCAACACCAACAACAAUUAACCGCCAAACCUGUGACAACUAAGAUUUUCAACACCCACUGGCAUUUUGGAAAGGAAAUUGUGCAACUUAUCAAAAUAUCAACGCUUUCAAGUAUCAUCUAUAAAUCAGCCAACGAUCAUGGAGAUCACUUCAGUGGAGGUUCGUCCAAAUUCUAUAGCCGAUGUUAAGGUAGAUGCAUCUUUUCGCCGAAUACCGAAAAAUGCCAUCUGCUUUCAUGUUUGGAAAAUUGAGGAAGAUCGUUUGGAAGCCGAACCUAAACCACAAUAUGGUACAUUUUUAGACGAUUGUGCUUAUAUAAUAUAUGCCUGUGGUCCAUCGGGAACAUUUGUUAAUCAGGAUACAAUCACCCGUGAAGUGAAAAAUUCUACCAGCUUAGAACGUUUCAUACACUUUUGGUUGGGUGAAAAUGUGUCCGAACAAAAACGUUCCAAUGUGGCCCAUAAAAUACAAGAGCUGGACUCUUAUUUCGGUAAUGUGGCCACCGAAUAUCGUGAAACACAAAAUAAUGAAAGUGCUAGAUUUUUAUCGUAUUUCAAAAAGGGUAUAACCAUUAAAUCGGGUGCCCUUUUAAACUCAAACGAUCCCAAUCGUUUGUUUCAAGUAUAUGGCCGCAAAUGGAUGCAUUGUGUUGAAAUGAAAAGUAUUUCGUGGGAACAUUUUGGUGCCGAUUACAUUAUGCUUUUGCAUACCGCUAAUCAUUUGUAUGUAUGGAUCGGUCGUUCCAGUAGCAAUGUGGAACGACGCAAUGCCAUUGAAUUGGCCAAUAAAUGGCAGACGAAUGAUGAUAACAUCACUAUUGUCGAUGAUGGUUAUGAACAAUCAAUGCCGGAAAAUCGUAAAAAUGAGUGGAAUACAUUUCUACCAUUGAAUCAAAGAGCUGUAUCGCAAAAUUCGCAGGUGCCGGAGAAACCAGUGUGCAAUAAAUUGAAAAUAUAUAAAUGCUGCUAUCGCAACAAUCGUUUACAUUUGGAUCAAUUGGAUGUGGUUAUACCGACCAAAGAAGAUUUCAGUGACUCUAGCACAGCCUAUGUUCUAGAUGGUUUUUCACAAGGUGUUUGGUUGUGGGUGGGUAGUCAAGCCUCGCAACCGGAUAAGACCAGUGCUAUGGGCAAUGGUCGGGCAUUUGUUAAAAAGAAAAAAUAUCCCUACAGCACUCCAGUUAUUAGAGUUAUUGAGGGUCAUGAGCCGGUUGAAUUUAAAAGAUUGUUUCCCUCUUGGCAGAUGGAUAACAAUGAUACCAUAUCAUCGGCAAAACCAGUUUCAACUAUAUUGGGUAAAUUUGAUUCCUUGACUUUAUGCCAAAGACCCAAAAUGGCUGCCGAAACUCAGCUAAUCGAUGAUGGCUCUGGAGAGCGUAAAAUUUAUCGUGUUACCAAGGAUCAAGUUAUAGAAAUGCCCGAAACCAAAGCUGUAUUCUUUACAACCCUUCAAUCGUAUGUUAUUCAAUAUACUGUGGCGAGUUGCUCUAUGAAUCCUAUGGACAGUGAAAAUGUUGGUGUUAAACAAAUAGUCUAUCAAUGGAAUGGUUCAGAGGCUCCAGCCGAUAUCACUGCUAAAGCGGAAAAUUUUGCCAAAAAUCUAUUUGAAAAAUCAAAUCAAAAAACCAUGUUUGUACAAAUGAUGGAAUUUGAUGAAACUCCUCAUUUCCUGCAAAUGUUUGGUGGGAAACUAAUUGUUUUAUUAAAUGAUAAACAUAUGCCACACUCCCAAAAUAAUAACAAUCAUAAUGGCAUUAAUGGUGGCGCAGAAAAUGAUAAUUUAAUAUUGAAAAUUUAUGGUGACUCUACAUACAAUUCCAAAGCGGUAGAAAUUUAUCCACUCUCCUCAAUGUCUUCCAAAGAAUGUUAUGUUGUUAAAUCCCAUCACGUAUGGGUAUGGUGUGGUCAAUCAUCCACAGGUGAUGCUCGAGAAGUAGCCAAGAAUAUUGGAACUCUGUUGGGAGAAAGUUCUUUGGUGCUGGAAAGUAAAGAACCCAAAGAGUUUUGGCGUUCCGUUAGCAAUUUUAUGAAUCAAAAUCUUAUCACGAAUGGUUUGAAUAACUCAAACAGUUCCUGCAGCAAUAGUAAUGGCAGUUCAAACAGCACAAACGGCAGUAUUUCACCACCCAAUUCAAAUGGCAGCAGUACACCACAAUACACUAAUAAUUCCCUUAACAAACCACGUCUUCAGACACAACUCUUUUUGGUGUGGUCGCUGCGCAACAAAUUCUAUAGCGAAGAAGUUUUGGGCUACGAACAAUCGGAUCUUUCACCCGAAUGUUCUUAUAUUCUAGAUGCUGGCAUUAUAACGUAUGUAUGGCUGGGCAAACAUGUUUCGGCAUAUGAAAAAGACAAAUAUCUUAAUAUGGCUCAAAGUUAUCUGGAGACGGUGCCCAUAGCUAGAAGACCGACAACAGCUAUUGGUGUGGUGAGACAGCAAGAUGAACCGAAUGUAUUUAAGGGUUUCUUUGAGAACUGGAAUCAUCAGUUGUGGAAUAAUUAUGUUACUUAUGAAAAUAAGCGACAACUGUUAUCGAAUACUUCCACGUCGUCGACUACUAAUGGUAAUGGUCAACUUUCGAAUGGCGAAGUUAAUGGCAAAGUUCAUCCUGCCUUGUUGAACAAUCAAAAGGAUUUCGAUCGCCAUCAGAAGUAUCCUAUAGGAGUUUUGCAGCAGGAAAUUGAUUUACUGCCACCAGAAAUUAACCCUUUAAAACGAGAGGUCCACUUAACCCACGAUGACUUUGUAUCCCUAUUCAACAUGUCAUUUUGGGAAUUCGAUGAGUUGCCCGGUUGGAAGAAGCAAGAAUUGAAAAAGAAACAUAAAUUAUUUUAAAAACCAACCUUUUUUAUGAGUACAUGUUUAUUUUAAAAAUCUCCCAAAAAGAAAAUCUCGUUUGAUUCGCUAUUACACAUAUUUCAUGUAUUUUUUUUAAUUUAUAAACAAAAAUUUACAAAAAAAAACUGUAAAAAUCUAUUACUUUAUAAAACAAUUUAUUUUAAACAAAAAAUAUAUUAUACAUAUAUUUAUACAUACUAUAAAUAAAACUAUAUAAAAAAACUUAAAAUAUGAAUAAAAUAUAUUGAAUUUAACAAUAAAA